UUUCUUGAAAUCUUUAGAAUUAGUUCUCACUUAUCUGUUAAGACUUAGAUAUGCUUCUGUCCUUUUAAAUGAUACUUCUAAUUUCCUAACAGUCCAGUAGAGGAUAUGAUGACUUUUAAAUUCCUCCAAAAGAAAACAUGCUAGAGAAGAAAAAAAUCUGCUGCUUGGUUGCUUGGGUUUCAAGACCGGAGAAUAAUGGAAAUCUAACAUAGUUUCUCAAUGACCUACUAUAAAGAUGUUCGCACUUAUGCUCUUCAGGUUAGAUGUUAAAAAAAUAAAUAAACAAAGAGAUGGGCUACAAGAACAUGAUGAUGAAAGAUGCUCUCUCUUUGCCACAUCUACUACAAGAAUAAAGACGAUUCUCAGCAAUCAGACUGUCGACAUUCCAGAAAAUGUCCACAUCAUUCUGAAGGGAUGCACUGUUAUUGUGAAGUGCCCCAGAGGAACCCUGGGAAGGGACUUCAAUCACAUCAGUGUAGAACUCAGUCUUCCUGGAAAGAAAAAGAAGAGGCUCCAAGUUGACAAAUGGUGGGGAAAUAGAAAAGAACUGGCUACCAUGUGCACUAUCUGUAGUCAUAUACAGAUCAUGGUCAAGGGUGUUAUGGGCUUCUGUUGCAAGAUGAGGUCUGUGUAUGCUCGCUUCCCCAUCAAUGUUGUUAUCCAGGGGAAUGGUUCUCUUGUUGAAAUCCGAAAUUUCUUGGGUGAAAAAUACAUAUGCAGGGUUCAGAUGAGGCCAAGUGUUGCUUGUUUUGUAUAUCAAGCCCUGAAAGAGGCGUUAAUUCUUAAAGGAAAUGACAUUGAACUUGUAUCACAUUCAGCUGCUUUGAUUCAGCAAGCCACAACAGUUAAAAUCAAGGAUAUCAGAAAGCUUUUGGAUAGUAUCUGUGUUUCUGAAAAAGAAACAGUUCACAGGUUGAUGAAUAAGAUCUAAGUUGUCCAGCUACAGAAACAGCAAGGUGACAGAUGAU